AUAGAUUUUAUAAUAACUUUAUUUAGGUAAUUUUGUAGAUGCUGUCUAAUCAAUGCAUUGAUUUUUUUGACUAUUAGGAUUAAUUAAUAAAAAAACACGACAGAUUUCAUUAAUACAUUGAAUUUAAUAAUCCUUGCAAAUUAGCACUUUACAGAUCAAUUGACGCAUCUAGACUCCAAUUGUUUCUUCUUCCCUGUUCACCGUUAUAGCUUGUGGUAUCUUUCAAGAUUGGUUCUAUAAAAAGUUCAUUCCUGAAGUAAGCUCGUUCUCAUCUGUCUGAGGCAGCCUUAAGAUCGAACGAUUUUUUUCCCACCCAAUCUUACAACCAUGUUUCAACCAAUGGAUCAAAUAUGCAGUUUUCGCAGUGAAUCAAAUGACUUUCAAAAAAGCAUUUUACAAAGUAAUGACGCUAGAGGAAGAUGAAAGCAUCGUGGAAUCUGAUGAUGAAGAAUCCAUAACUGUAAUUGAUCAAACUGAAAUUGAAAGGUGGACUCGGAGUGAUAAAAAUGAACCAGGUUAUCAAUCCGUUGCACUACAUCCCGAUUCAUCCGAAAAUGAGAGCCAAGACGAACAAAACGUUCCGAAGAUCAAAACAGUAACUAACCGAGAGGCUAACGAUGCUGAUCUCUGGCUGGCCAGACUGAUAUGGAGCACUAGUGAUGAUGCGCGCCCCUACCCCCUCCGAGCCGAAGUCUAAUACAUUUCCUACCUACCAAGUGCCUCAAGAGUCAGCCAUGAGGGGCAGCGCACCCCAAUCAGUACAACACAAAGUCGCUCGGGCAGCUUGGGGGGGUCGAGCCGACCCCCCGACCAGCCCCCUCGGCACCGCCCACGCCGGUGGCGCCACCCCGUCUGUGAUAACUGGCUCAAGUUGCCGUCCCGACGCGAUGACGAUUACACAUGCGCCAGGCGGCGGCAACUCUAAUGUUAAGAUGCAAUCUGUGACCGAUAACUGUCUUCUGAACUCUGUUACCGUACCAAAAAUACAACGUAACGGCCGUCACACGGCCACCCACAAUAAUUUAAAUAAUAAUAUAAAUAGCGAUAAGUUAGAUGAUAGUAAGUUUGGUGCUUUGCCCCUCGGACGAGACAUUCCCAACCAAAAGUCUGAUGACCUCGAAGUACUUGACAACCUUAGUGCACUGAAGUUAAUGCUUAACGUAAAUGGUUUUAACUGCGAUAACAACGAUCACGACAAAGAACGUAUCAACGGCGACUACGAUCAGGAUGCCGAUUAUUUGUGCAACAAGAUGCAGAAACUGCGCACAACUAACGAAGACGACGACCAAAACUUUGUGGGUUGUUACGCUCCCCUCAGGCUCAGGGGCGGCGGCGAGAGCUCACUUAGCACGGGCACUUCCGGCUGGGGCACGCCCCCGGCGCAGCAGGCCGGUAAUAACAAUGCGAAUAAUGCAAGCGGGUGGGGCGCGGCCAACCCCUCGAAUCAGAACAACGGGGGCACCCAGCAGUGGAACAACAAUGCUAAUCGACCACCGGCCUCCAACCAGGGCCAAGACGCCAACAAAUCGAAUACGAACGGACAACAGCAACAGCAACAACAACCCCCAACCACUCAGUCGAAUAAUUCGGGAUGGGGUCAGGCGGGUGCGAAACCGCCAACCGGCACCAACAACGGUCCCGCCACGUCUAGCGCGUCCACUAACAACGCGACACCGAACAACAACAACCAAAACAGUUCGACAACAUCGACCAAACAGCAACUCGAGCAACUGAACAACAUGCGGGAGGCCAUCUUCAGUCAGGAAGGCUGGGGCGGGCAACACGUCAACCAGGACACUAACUGGGACAUCCCGCCCAGUCCCGAGCCGCAAAUCAAGAUGGACGGCGCCGGGCCACCCCCGUGGAAACCCGCGGUGAACAACGGUACCGAAUUGUGGGAGGCGAACUUGCGCAACGGCGGUCAGCCGCCUCCGCAGCCGCAGCAGAAGACACCGUGGGGCCACACCCCUUCGACGAAUAUCGGCGGCACCUGGGGCGAGGACGACGAUACGACCGACAGUUCCAACGUGUGGACUGGCGUGCCUUCCAACCAACAGCAGUGGGGCAACAACGGCGGCAACGCCAUGUGGGGCGGUGCAGGAGCAGCGGGCGCUGGUUCCGGCGGUACCGCGCCGACUCCGGGUUGGGGCGACCCGCGCGCUUCCGAUCCGAGAGCCGCGGUGGCCGCGGUGUCCGCCAUGGACAUGCGGCCGGACAUGAGGGUGGCGGCGGCGGCGGCGGCCGUAGGAAAUCUGGACCCGAGACAGCUCGACCCACGCGAACAAAUGAGACACAUGACGGGCGGCGGCGACAUGCGGGGUGACCCGAGAGGCAUCACGGGAAGGUUGAACGGCGCGGGUGCCGAAUUUUGGGGUCAAACCGGGCCCCUGGGCGGAACCGCGGCUAUGCACCAUCAAAACAAAAUGCCCGGCGUCGGUCCCGGUAACGGAACCGCUUGGGACGAACCCUCGCCACCCUCGCAAAGGCGUACCAUGCCCAACUACGACGACGGAACCUCUUUGUGGGGCAAUCCCCAACCAGGUUCUCACUGGAAAGAUCUGCCCACAGGCGCAGGCGGUAUGGGCGGUCGCGGAGGUGGGCCCACCGGCCCGCCUGGUAUGGCGCCGUCCCGCGGAGGCGGCCUAAAACCCGACGGGUCGGUGUGGGGCGGCGGCCCGGGCGGUGCCGGCGUCGGCCGCGGCAACGGAUGGGACGACGUGGGAGCCGGACCGACCGCCGGCGGUGGCGGUUGGGAUGACCCGAGCGUCGGCCCGUGGCCUAAGCAAAAAAUUCCCGGCGCCGCCGGUGGACUGUGGGACGCGGGAGAUUUAGACUGGGGCCACAAGCAGAGUAUCAAACCCCAACUGACCAAGGAAAUGGUCUGGAAUUCAAAGCAAUUCAGGACACUGGUGGAUAUGGGCCACAAGAAAGAGGACGUAGAGAACGCCCUACGCAUGCGCGAAAUGAACUUCGACGAAGCUUUGGACAUGCUGAGUCUUCCGCGCAAUCGCACCGAUCCUGGCUGGAUGAGCCGUCACGACGACCACUACGACCAUCCGCAGUUCCCGGCCAUGGGGGCGCAGCGCGGAUUCCCAAAUGUCGGGCCCGCGAAUCCUUUGUCGAACGCGUUCCCCCCGAACAACCCGCCAAAUCUAUUGAAUAAUAUGGCCGGCGCCGGCGGUCAGUCGAACAGUUCGCUAAUUAACAACAUUUCCCCCGCGAUAAUGCAAAAGAUGUUGACGCAACAAGGGGGAGUGGGCGGGGCGGCCCAAAGCUUCGGCGGAGCGCCGGCCGGCGGACGUCCCCUGCAACCUCAGUCUCAGCCCUCCACCCAGCAGCUCAGAAUGCUCGUGCAGCAGAUUCAGAUGGCAGUUCAAACGGGAUACUUGAAUCAUCAGAUCCUAAACCAGCCUCUGGCUCCUCAAACGUUGGUCCUCCUGAACCAGCUGCUGCAGCAAAUCAAGACAUUGCAUCAGCUGAACAACCAGCACCAGUUGGCGGCCGGCUCGGGCAAAGGAAACCUGAGCAACAACGUGCUUUUGAAUUAUUCCGUAAUGAUAACGAAAACCAAGCAGCAAAUUUUGAAUAUUCAGAACCAAAUCCAGGCGCAACAAGCCCUCUACGUCAAGCAGCAGCAAAACAGCGGCAACAUCGGUUACGAUUCGUUCAAGGCGAACACGAUGCAUGACACGAUCCACGCGCUCCAAGGCAACUUUGCCGAAUUGGGCAUCGCAAAAGAAUCCCAAGUGAAUCAGCAGCAGUCGAGACUUAACCAGUGGAUAAACAAAGAUAAGGAGGAGAACGGCGAGUUUAGUCGCGCUCCAGGCUCAUCUUCCAAGCCCGUCGCUACCUCCCCCAAUAUGGCUCCCCUCGGAUUGACCCAGCCCGACGGACCAUGGUCGACGGGUCGCACUGGGGACACCGGAUGGCCCGAUUCUAGCGGUGGUGAUUCUUCGAAUGAAAAAGACGCACAGUGGGCAACGACUGCUCAACCUUCCCUGACUGAUCUCGUACCUGAAUUUGAACCCGGAAAACCGUGGAAGGGCAAUCAGAUUAAGAUAGAAGACGAUCCCAGUAUUACGCCCGGUUCGGUGGUGCGUUCGCCGUUGUCAAUUGCCACCAUAAAGGAUAACGAACUGUUCAGCAUGAACACGAGCAAAAGUCCGCCGGUCAGCGACGCCAUGCAGUCCUUGAGUCUCAGCUCGUCUACUUGGAGUUUCAACCCCCCCUCUACCUCUAGCGCGUUUACGAGCAGCCCCCAAAUCAAACUGCCCACCAGCAAGGGCGGUCUCGCCGACCUGAACCCAUCAAUGGCAAUCACGUCUGAGCUCUGGGGCGCGCCCAAGUCGCGUGGGCCGCCGCCCGGUCUUUCCGGCAAGGGGGGCGGCGGCGGCGGCGCCCCCCUCGCCAACGGCUGGUCGAGCAACAUCGCGGGAUCCGUGCCCUGGGGCGGGGCUUCGGGCAGCGCCGCCCAGCGUAACUCUGGCAACUGGGGCGUUUCCCAGUCUCAGUGGCUGCUACUUAGGAACUUGACGGCCCAGAUCGACGGUUCGACUCUACGCACAUUGUGCAUGCAGCACGGCCCGUUGCAAAGUUUCCAUCUGCACCUACAUCAGGGUUUCGCGCUUGCCAAGUAUUCGUCGCGCGAGGAAGCCACCAAGGCGCAGACCGCGCUGAACAAUUGCGUCCUCGGCAACACGACGAUCCUCGCGGAGAAUCCGACCGACUGGGACGCGAGCACCCUGCUGCAGAGCAUUGCCAACCAGCAGGGCGCGUCGUCGGGCGGAUGGCGGGCCUCCUCUACGAAACCGGGCGUGUCGGCCGGAGACACGUGGAGUACCGGUUGGCCAAACAACCCGUCCGGAGUCGGCCUGUGGGCGACCACGUCGCUCGACUCGAACGAUCCCGCCCGGGCCACGCCCGCCAGCCUGAAUUCUUUUUUGCCGAACGACCUCUUGGGCGGUGAGUCUAUGUAAAAAAGAUGGAACGCAUUCGACAAAAAGCAAAUAAAAAAAACUGAACAAACAAUCCGAGAGAGACUACACAAAAACGGUUAUUCCUAAAACUGAGAUAUAAGUAAGUGUGGAUGGGAAAAAAUUUUUAUUGAUGUUUUAAAAGUUUUUUUUAUUAUUAUUAUUAUUAUUGAUUAUUGAUUAUUAAUAAUUAUUAUUGUAGAUUCGACUAUAAAAUUUUUGAAAUGAUAUUUAUUAUACUAAUUGAUUUAAGACACUUGGACUUUUUAAAGCGCUGUAGGUGUAGACAUAUCGCUACUUUUAAUUUUCACGGUGAUGUAGUUUUCGUUAGGAAGUUUUGUUUAUUUUUUUUUUAAUUUUCUUAAGUUACGGAUUAAAGAUUAAGGUUAUGCGGCGAUGCCAAAUGUACACUGUUCGUUUAAGGUUUCGCGGCGGCACGGCUCACGAUUGAUAUUUUUAAAAAGAGACAUUAAGGAAAACCUUUAACGUUUUCUGCCCACAGUACAUUUGACCUACUUCGAUUUUGAGGCGGACCGUGCGCGAAAUCCGGAAUUGCGUUAUUUUUAAUUUUUUCCCCUCUUUAAUUUACGGAGUCGUUGCCAUUUAGUUUUUCGUUUUUUUUUUUCUUUAUUAUUAAUAUUAUUAAUUAUUAUUGGAGCCUAGUGUAUGUUUUGCUGAUCAGACAUUUCGGACGAGCGAAUAAGUAUUAGCUUUGAAUCACUAUUUUCUAGCGACUUAAAAAGAAAACAGACGAAACAUGAGACGAGAACGACCCCGGUCGUUUUCCGUUUGUUCUUUUUCCUCAUCUUAUUUUUGGAGAAUAAUUAUAGAAAGUUUCCGUUUUGGUCCCACGCUCAAUUUCGAAACGCACCGGUGCGUGUCGCGUAUUUAAUCGAAAGAAAUGAAUUUGUAACCCAAACUAGUCCCGAUAAAGCAAGGUUUAUAGUAAUAUAUUGUAUAAUUGAAUAUAUAUAUUAUAUAUGUGACCAAACUCAUUACAUUUUUAUAUAUUUCAAAUUUGUAGCUUAGACUUUUCUCUCGUAUUAAGAUAUUUUCCUAUAUAUUAACGAUUUUCAUAUUAUAUUAAUGUUAUUUUGUUUGUUUAAUCGUAAUCUAAACGAGUACCUAAGUUUGUAUGUGUUACAAGUAUCCCAGUAUGGUUAACGCGUGGGGGGCCGCGACCCCUUUCCUCCCUCCCCGCCCUCCAUGGCGGGCGCUAGAGGGCGUGCGCGAGAGUUUCCCAAAACGCGGCCCUUGGAAAGCAAAAAAAACCUGUGAUCUUCAAUUCCUGAUAUAUCAAGUUACGCACUCAUAAAACGGAAAACGUUUUCUAUGUACGUUGUUGCGGAAUAAUUUUUUCCGAUUUUUUUGGGGGGCAGUCGGUAGGCGCCUCGCCCCCUUCCCCCCCAGAAAACGACAGACACCACACAAUCAGUUUAUUAGACUGCACCCGCUAAAUGGAAAGUAUUCUUAAAUAAAUUUUAGUAAUAAAUGAACCCUUAAAAAUUCAAACCAAUAUAUCUUAAUUAAUAAAAAAAAAGUAUAUAUAUUAUAUUGUACCCUUAAAAUAUAACUGUGUUUCUGUGUAUAAUGGAUGUGUUUAGCAGUAGAAGACUUUGGAUAUCGUUACAUUUUAGUCUAAAAUACUGUGAUUUUUUCAAUCACGUUAAAAUGAAAAAUAACAAAAAUGUGUUAUCGUGGUGUUCAUAAGAUAUUGAGAUUCAACUUUAUAUAGCUAACAGAGUGUGUGAUUGGCAGGUGUCGUGCGUCAGACUAACCUCUCCGUUUCGUCGGGCUGGUACGGCGGGGGCGUUCCACGGGUCAAUCGCAAAUGGAAUUCUUUUUUUUUUUGCUGCUUUCGUUGCAAUCUCUUUGAACGAGGUCCCUUCGCGCAUAAGAAAACAAUUCGCCCGACAAUUUCUAGGGGGCGCGACAAGCGGGACUGAGCAAAUCUUGAUCCUCGUUUAGGAUGAGUAUGGACGCGAUAUAUUUUAACGCUCUAAGGGCUAGAGACACCGGCUGCACGUCCGCGUGCAGUAACUCCCACUUCUAAGAGAUUGUUUCGCUUAGGUUAAGUUUAAGCAAGGCCUUAACAAACUUUACUACUUAAAGCCAUUGGCUACAAAAAUAAAACGUACCGGCGCGGAUCGGUGUGUCAAAUUCCGCGGCAGCUAUUUUGAUCCGCGCGUCCGGCGAUCGUCGAAGAGUGUGUGUCAUUCUAGUCUCGUAUGUCUUGGUUUAUUUGCGAACGUCCAUUUGCGCGUGGCACCUACAAAACGGAACUCUAGUGGAAAAAGACUGAUGCAGAUCUUUAAUUUUUACAAUUGCGACUACGAUGCAUUUAAAAGUGUUUUUAGGUCCAGGAACGCCUCCCCCAUAGCGCAUGUCCGGUGUGACGGUGGUGUGUGUACCUGUUCGAAGGAGCCUAAUCAGUUAGGCGCCUUCGAUGGUUCGAUAUCAAAACGCAAGAUUGAAUUAAUUGACGGUUUUUUUUUUUAAAGAAGUACAUAACUGUGCUGUGACUCUUAAGUGGCUUUUUAAUUUUUAAAAAUAACUACGAAAAAAACUAAAAAAAAAAUGUUUUGUUUAGGAAGCUGUUUUCUUACUUAAAGCUUUCGAUUAGCUUUUAACGGUGAGAUUGGGCGCUCGUUUGACGGUUUGAAAAUCUCUCGUUCAAUAUGUCAUAUCGUGUAGAAAAACAAUGGAACAAUAAUCGUAAUGAAUUUAUCAAAGCUAAACAUAUUCUUACAGAGCUAAAGAGAGAGAAGCGCGGUAAUCGUCUAAGGUUUUUAUUUUUUUAUAAUAUUAAGGGGUGUUUAAAUUCGAGAAACGAGCGCUUGUCAAUAUUAUACAAUUAUAUGGUGCAAAAUAAGCGAGAAACCACAAAAAAAAAUACAGUGGGUUUUCUUUCCGGGAGGGUUUCUCACUGCUUUAACCUAAAAAAGUCAAACAUGAAAAAGACGCUUUAUCUCAACCUCCCGCUAAAGGUAGGGGCCCACCUUGUAAGUUCCAAUAGAGAAUAUUAGUAUCUUAUUGCCAAUUUACAUUUUAGUAUAUAUGUAUUAGAAAGUAGAUAUUACGAUAUUAAUUAAUAUUUAAGAAACUUGGUAGUAGGGAUUAUAAUGUGUGUUCUUAUAUAAUCGGACAACCACAAUUCUCUGAAUCAUACACCCACACACCUACACAUACACAUGUAUUCACUUAAGGUGUAUUAAGUAAUGUAAAGUUUCUCACCUUCCCCCAGCAGCCGAUUACAUAAUGUACGAAGCCUAGGUGUUAAUCAUUGGCGUUGCCCGAAAACUGGAAAUUUAUUUCAAGCAAGACAGUCAAAUUGUGACAUUUACAUCACUACCGUAUGGCGUGAACGUUCCAGGCGAUAAAUUAAUGUUGGCAUCAUCGCCAUUAGCGGAAUGCAAACCAUACGGUAGUUUAUUGUGUUGGAAAAGUUAAGUGAGAACGGUUGUUGUGUUAAAAUUAAAUGCGCCCAAAGACCGUUACUUUAUUGUGUUGGAAAAGUUAAGUGAGAACGGUUGUUGUGUUAAAAUUAAAUGCGCCCAAAGACCGUUACUUAACAUCGGCACGUGGCAUUACCUAUCCGAAAUUGUUUAAUAUUUUCUAUAACUUUGACGUUGACGGCGAUCCGUCGGGAGUUUUAUCUCCUACCGUGUAAUUAAAAAUUGACGAGGUAAAUAAAAUCGGUUCUGUAAAUUUCGAAAGCGCUAAUGGUUUUUCUCAGAGUACAAUAGUGACCAUUCGAAUCAGCUAAUAGUUCGCUGUGGCCGUGCAAAAAUCGCAAUUUUUCGUCCGCGAACUCGGGUCGGUAAAACAGAAAACCGUUUACGAACAGAACAAUGUCAGAUACUAUUUUCGCAUAGGACUAAUACUCCUAGAAGGCUGAUAGAGAAGGGUAUGAGGGGUUGGGAUGAUAUGAGUAUGUAAUGAGAGUUAGAGAGAGUUAUAUACUCGCACUGCUGUUUCUUGUGUACCUACAAACUCUACCCAAAAAUCCUUUUAUUGUUUUUUUGGUAGUACACAAACACUUGCGCAAUAAUCUCUGAACACUAGAGGUUCUUUGUGACGCAUGGAUGUUCUGCUUCUUUCCGAACCAGCCUUCUAGGAAUGUUAAUUGUAUGUUUUUUGCGUUAAGCUAGGUUGUCUAGACAAACGAGGAAGUGGGUUUUAAAUCGUCCGGAAUAAUGAAUUUUUUUACUUCGCGGCUUUUAGCGACGCGUAGCGGCAGCGGUACAUUCACAGAAUUACGCGUUCCAAAAUCUCGAACGAGUUUUUCCGUUACCUGACGACUUGCAAUACUAAAACUAGCAGCAACGAAAUUUUACCAUUCACGUACAAUCAUCGUAGCAAAUAUAUGAUAGAGUAAAACGAGCGUGAAAGUUAAUGAUAAAUCCGCCAGAGGAAGCGUAGCAACUCCAACCUAGCGAAAAACACAAAAAAAGAAAACCGUUAGUAUUUGAUUUUAGAUUUUACAGUAUUUGUGAUCAAAGUGCCACUUGUGUUUUCAAGUAUAUAAUAUUUAAUCAUCGCCACUAAAAACUAUAUUAUAUAUCUUAUAUAUUAUCGUUUAAAGAAUUAUAUUAUAUGAACUAUCUAAUGGUAAUUACGGCGCAGCGUUGCCGAUAGCGCAGUAGUUUAUUCUUGGUGUUCGGUAGUUGUAAGGACUUGCUGUGUGUGUAUAUUUAACAAAAAACCACCCGGAAUACGGAACAUUGUUCCUCUUACGAGACUUACCGUUUUAAACGUUAUGCUUUUGGGGCAGCGGCGUACACACUCCAUUUGAUCUCAAUAUAUCAAAAUUAGUAUUCGUGCAGCAUACCGGUUGUUGCCCGGCGCCUUUACCGUCUCUAUUUUGAAUCGAUGUCUGCUUGUGUGCGAGUGAACUUCUGCUGUUGUAAAAAUUAAGACUACGAAAUGCCAAAGUCCGAGCGAGCGUUGCAAUUUUUUUCAUUUUCUUUGCUCCCGUUGCGCGAAUGAAUGGUUAAAACACGUACGGUUGUCAGUCGGUGACAGCUAACGCACCCACGUCUUAUUGCAACAUUGACAAGGUCACAUUGAAGUCUGCCAAAAAAAGUAACCUUGACUUACAUAGAUUUAAUGUGCGAUUAUUUUUUACGGAUCGGCAAUAAAUUUAGUUUUUAAACACGUAUCGGAAAAAUUCCCGACAUUUUUAGAAGAAAAAAAACGACGACAGGUGUCAUUUUUAAUAAGCGUAACGGACAAGCAACAGCACUUGUCGCGACGAAGAAAUCCUCUUGCUUUAAAUAGAAUUUAAAGGGUUUAGCGCAAUGUUCACCAGAAACACUUGAUAAUACCAAAUGAUGUGCCUCUUUGACUUGUUAUAAAACAUUGUAAAAAAAUCGUAAAUAAUUUUACAAUACUUACUUAUCGUGACCUGCUUGGUCUCAGUCUUAUCCCGAUUAUAAAUGUCUUUAAUAGGCUCUACUAAGCUUUAAGGGUGGAGAGGUGUAAAUUAAAAACAUCGAUUGUUGCGUGUAUGGGGGGUGCAACAGUGCGACCCCCUUGUAGCCAAUGCGAUGGAACUUAUGCCCUGCUAGUUCGCGCGAACGUAUCUGCUGACGCAAAAAAAAUUGAUGUCACGUCUAAGUCGAAAAAUGGUUGGUGGGUAAAAUGUAAUAAGUAUACUUAACAGUGAAAUGAAACGUUACUUAAUCUAGAGGCAGCAUUUAGUCAGAUAAAAGCUAGUAUUAUGUCAUCAAUGACGAAAGUUGUGUACUCACAUAACUGUGCAAUACUUCUUUCCUUUUUCAAGUAUUAUUUUUAUUUUUAAUUGUUUUUUCGUUUAGGCGAGACCCUUUCGUUUCAGUCAGACGACGGGCGUCUCCGGUUCGUUCCAUAUUUUUUGCUCUAAAGUUUUCUGCAGUCUUGUUCGACUCGCUGCACAGAGUUCUCUUGCCAUCACCUAUUACCGAGAUUUUAACACUUGUCACUUAAUACCAAAGACCUCGAAGUGUCAUAUUUAAUCGCCGAGUUUUGUUCGUUUAACAAAUUUCUUUGGAAUUUCCGCCAAAUUCUUCCAACAAAGGUUGUGAUAGUUGUAGUGUUUUUAGUGCUUUUUUUGUUUCACGUGCUGAUUUUUUUUAUUGUAACCUUCCACGUGAUGGUGACUUUCGAUUGCGUUUUUUUUUGACAGCACAAACUCAAGUGCCUAUACGUAUAUAUGUGCAAUUCAAAUGAAAAAAAAAACACGGGCCUGACUCUUAGACAGGGUUUAAACAUAUUUAGGCGAAUUGAUUGUAUAUUUAAAUACAUAACAAAAAAAAAUGGCUACGGUUAGCUCCCACUGUUGUAUAAAUCCACAGAAAAAUAGUCAAAUGUAGUACUACGUAAGGAUGUGAUUUUGAUUCGAGUUAUUUGAACGAAGACAGAAGCAAGUAUAUUUUCCAUCGCUUCUGCGACAAAAUAAACGGGCCCCGCCCCUUUCCGAUAUACUUGCUUGUGUUUUAGCGAUAUGUUGAAAUGUUAUUUUGUCGUUCUCGCGAUGCAGAGAUAAAAGCUAGCAAGGUACUGCCAACUAUUGUAAAAAGAUAUUGUAUGUCCUAAUAUAAUAAAAAAAAGAGUUUUAUCUGUAGGUUAAUUGUACCAUAACGGUUACUCUAUUUGUCGCUACUAACACGGAUAUUUUUCUGACCCGGUACGCAUAAAUCAAUUAGGUAGUCGUGGGGUAGUGAAAAAAAAAUUGAACGUUAGGCCCUCAAUCUCAGGUUAAGAGUUUAUUAUCGCUCUUUCUAGAAUCGUAAGACUUUUAAAAUUAAGUGAACCACUGAAUUUAACAUUCCUUAAGUAAGCAUUGAUUCUUCUAAGUUUAUUCUUCAUCGGUUGUUGUGUUUCCUGUGUUCUCCAGAAGCAUUUCUUUCUUUUUUUUGUCAGACAAAAAGUUACCUACACGCGUUUAGUCAAAUCAAAACUGACGAUUUUUGGUUUUUCUACCGAAUCAAAACAGUAAAUGCCUUAAAAUGACAAACAGGUGUGCUCUCUCUCUCUCUAUGUAGUUUAUUUCUCUAGUUUAAGGUAGGUUAGGUUAUUGAGUUCAAGCGCCAUCUAAUGGCCCGAAAGACUGUAGAGGGAUACCAGGUGAUUAAGGUCGUUCCCGGAUAAGGAACAGCUUUAUGACUGUAUCCGUUUCUUAUCCGGGUCCGAUCUUAAAAUUAACUUAAUAUAAGACUUCCGCAGUGGCGAAGUAAGAGAGAACACUAGGUCCUUAGUAAUUGUUGGAAAGGUGCUCCGAUGGGAAAAGUUACGGAAUCUCUGAACCCCUCCCGUCCCCAUCAUGGUAUUUUCUACAACGUUUUAGUUCGUUCGAAAUUUGGAAUUCUAAACCCGUCAUAUCAUUCAGUACAGAUGGAAAAAGUAUCGGUCGACUAACUAUUGAAAAUGAAACGUGCCAAAAUUUUGUUUGCUUAGAAACCUUUUGCUCAUAGCGAUGGUAGGCGUUGUCCCUGCGAUCGCAUACGCUUACUUGCUGUGUAUAUUAACUUAUAAUGCAAUAUAUAUGUGUAUAUAUUGGCUGGUGAAAACUUGUACAAUUGUUAUAAUUUCAUAGUAUAUAUUAUGUAAAAAAUUACUUAAUUCAUAGGUUAGGGAAUAUGUUACGUAUUUAAAUUAGUAGUAUUAAUUUAAAAAAAAAAUAGAAAAAAAACCGCAAUCAGCAGAUACUCCGUCGAGACUAGCAGGGGAUAGUUUUUACAUCUUCGUUACUAAAAAAAAAACAAAACAAAACAAAACUGUGACGUCAUAGCCCGCGUGUUUGGUUUACCUAAACGAAAAGUAGUAAGCCUCUUAUUUUUCUAAAGGCUUUACCGGCUGUUCUUAUUAACGCUUGUUCCCAACAAUGGAAAACGGAAAAUUUUCGAAAUUGAAUUUUGUUGAUUCGUCGACUGUUUACAUUUUACUCUGUAGAUGUCUUAUUUGUGAUUCCCAUUGAUUUGUGAUAUAAGUACAAUGUUUUGUGAUAUGUGGAUAAUUAUUUAGUGUACUUUGCGUAGUUGCUUUAAGUAGUGAAAUUCCGAAUAAAACCAAAAAAAAGGAACGCGGUGCGAAUUGAGAUUUUUUUUUUGAAAGGAAUGUUUCGUGCGUGCUUCUCAAUCUCGCACCAAAAAAGGAAGUAAAACAAAAAUCAAAUAAUUGUUGUUCUCGGCGGCGAUUUGCACCGCCCCAACACCUCCCCCCCCACGUCCCCCGCCACACGAGAAAGCCGUUCUAAACAAAACGUUCGAAGUAAAAUGUAAACAGAAUUGCGAUCGUUGUUUCGUAGCAUCACAUGACUUAGUUAAUACCCGUAUAUUUAUUCUUGUAACGAAAUGGCCUAAAACAAGUUCCCUCCUGUUAAAUCUAGUCCAUACAUUUGAUGUCUGAUAAACUAUUCUUAUUUGUAUAUGUUGCAUCAUUCGAUGGCAUUAUAGAAUUUGAUCAGUUGCUACUAUUACUAGUUCCUUGUCUUAAAAAAAUCCGCGACUUAGUGGUCGUAUACUUGCACAUUUCAUAUGUAGGUUGUGUUCAAAGUCAAAUUUUGCGUUCCCGCUUCGAAAUUACGUAGCGAAUCGAAUAAGGCAAUACGAUCAUUUUCCUCCGUUAACACUGUUCAAGUAUGUGAUAUCGCUGACAAUUUAAAAUUUAUAUAAAUUUUCUCUACCGUUAUCUAGCAAAAGAACAUCGCUGUCUUUAAUAAAUUUAUUAGAGUGACGCAAGUUUGCGGUAUUCGGAACUAAAUCUAGGCUUACAUAGUGUCUUAAUUGACAUUUAUAGUGAUGAUUUUAGACGUACUAAAGUGUUGCGCCAGACGUGUUGAUAAAUUUUUAGAACAAAAAAUCACGGAGCUUACUACAUGUUCUUAGCGUUGUUCAGCUCUAUUGUCGCGUCAAAAGUCUUCAAACGCGAACGCAAUAGUAGUAGUUCCUGCGCUAAGCGAGUCUGUGGACUAGUACGGACAGUCCGAUCUGACAUACGAAUCUCUUGACAUGUUGGCAAUAAAUAAAACGCCACAACGUAAAAUUGUCACUAGGAGGGUAAACUCAGGGACCAGGCCAAAAGUCACGGUGAUAUCAAGUUAGACAAAAUUAAGAAAAUCAAAUCAGAUGAUGAAUUACACCCCUCAAAUAAUAAAUAUAAUAAAAAAAUACAUUUCAAUAAAUUAUAAUAUUAAGAACUCAAUUGUAUGUUGUAGAAAAUUGUUUAAAUUUCUGUAUAAAUAUUUUGAGAAUUAUUAAUGAAGCAAAAACUACCCGACUGCACUGUUGUCGAUAAAUAUUAAUUCUAAAUUUUUAUUGAUGAUAUGAUAAUGCCUAUAUUAUAUGUGAGUCCAAUCAAGUCUCCCACAAUAAGCCAUACAGUGCAGAUGGGCGCCUAGGUUUAGGAUAGGUUAUGUAAGUGCUUUUGAACAACGUUGUGUUGUUAAUGCUCUGUACUUGUAACCCAAAUGACCAGUAUGCAUUCAGUAAUAAAGGUUGUCUUAAAUGUA